UUUUACUUUUUAUUCAGUCAUUCCCCAAAAGAGAAGAAGAAGAAGAAGAAAAUCCCCUCCCAAAAUGACACCCAUUUCGCACUACUUGCUCCAUUUUCUGUUGGUUCACCACCUGCUCUUGGCCGCCGACUUAUUUUGUGUUGCGGCGGCUGAAGGCCAGCUACCGAUAUCGUCACCGGAAUGGAAGACCAUCACCCAACGCUCAUUGGAUCGUGAACAUGGAUUCAACGGCGGAGAUGACCGAUGGAAACCGGUAGUCAUUAGGAAAAUGAGAAGCCUUCCAAGUCCUCCAGCUCCGAAAUCCAAUCUCCCAACUCGCACCGCUUUCAAGCCGCUGCCCUCUCAUAAGACGCCGACCGCACCGCCGCCAGCACCGUCCACCGUUUCGCCGGAAACAUACCCGCAUUAAUUUCGAGGGUCGUAAUUGAAGCAGGUUAUUUGGGAAUUCCUAUGAAUUCAAUUGUUAAAUGUACAUCGAUCCUGC